UAAGAAAAUUUCUCAAAUAAACAACGGUCUUCUCUUCUUCCAGUUCUUGCACAGCGAGAGAGAGAGAGAGGGAGAGUGAGCUCAAUCUUCUAACGUUCAGCUGGUAUCAAAAUUCGUGCACGGUUUUUUGGCAUGGGAGCUGUCACCGUCCCCAGUUCGGCCUCGCAGACUCCGUUCGGCGCUGGUGCCCGCCUCUCCGCCCGCCGAUUGCCGGCUCCCCGGCGGCCCUUCCUCUGCCUCGCCUUCAGAGCGGAUUGGACUGCCAAGUGCUCGGCCGCGGCCAUACCAUCUGAGGCCGUAAAGCCGCCUCAGAAGUCAUCAAAGCGAGCUCAGGCUGCCUCCGUCGACGCCCCCCCCACCGCCACCCAGGACUUGGACUACAACGAGGUCGCCGCCGCGCUCGAGAACAUCUAUAAGCUCAGCCCGGCGGAGGUCUCCGAUGUGGAGGAGGCUGAUCGGCGCGGAAGGAGGCGCCGUGGCCGGUCGAGGAAAAGGGCGAAAGAGGGGGACGGGGAAGAGGGCAAUGUGGUGAGGAAUAGGAAGAGGAGGGUGAGGAGAUUGAGUUUGGAGAAGAGGAUAGCUUCGAGGAGGAGGAAGGAUGAGGAGGUGGAGGCAGCGGCCGCGCGGGAUGAAAGGAGGGAUCUUGAUGAGGAUGGGGAGAAGCUGUUGAGGGAAUACUCGGUAUCGACAGAUUUGGCGAGCUUGGAUUGGAAAAAGAUGAAGAUUCCGCCCGUUCUUAGUUCUGCCGAGCAUAAUCGGCUGUUCGAGUUGAUGCAGCCCAUGAAAGCAAUCUUUGAGGUGAAAAAGAACUUGGACAAGGAUCUAAAUAGAGAGCCUACGGAUGCUGAGCUGGCCGUUGCAGUCAAUAUGACUGUGCCUCGAUUAAGAAGACAUAUCGAAGUUGGUCAAGCUGCAAGGAACAUGCUAAUCAAGCACAAUCUUCGGCUAGUUUUAUUUGUAAUCAACAAGUAUUAUCCAGAGAUUGCAAGUGGUCAGAAGUUCCAAGACCUCUGCCAAGCUGGAGUGAAGGGUCUCAUUACUGCCAUUGAUCGAUUUGAACCAAAGCGUGGUUUCCGUUUAUCCACAUAUGGUCUAUUUUGGAUCCGGCAUUCUAUAACACGUUCGAUGACUGUUUCAAGCUUUACACGAGUUCCCUUUGGGAUUGAAUCGGUCAGACAAGAGAUCCAGAAAGCCAAAUUAGAGUUGCAGUUCGAGCUUGGGAGAUUGCCAAAAGAUGAAGAGAUCAUUGACAGAGUAAAAAUUUCACCGGAGAGAUAUCAUGAUGUCAUGAAGGCUGCAAAACCAAUCUUUUCCCUUCAUGCAAGGCAUGCUGUAACACAAGAAGAAUUUAUCGAUGGGAUCACUGAUAUGGAUGGUGUGGGUGGUGAUAAGCAUAGACAACGUGCACUUCUACGACUUGCUCUAGAUGAUGUGCUAGAUUCACUGAAGCCAAAGGAGAGCUUGGUGAUUAGACAGAGAUAUGGGCUUGAUGGCAAGGGUGAUAGGACACUGGGAGAGAUUGCUGGAAACCUCAAUAUUUCAAGGGAGAUGGUCCGAAAGCAUGAAUUGAAGGCAUUUAUGAAGCUCAAACAUCCAGCCCGAGUUGACUAUCUUUGCAGAUAUGUCUGACAUGCCAUCAUGCUGCACCUAGUGUAUCUAAAACAGUUUUAGAGCAGCUGUUGUACUGUGAACAACCUCCUCCUCAAUAUACUUUCUCCUUAUACAUGAAUAUUUGUAUUAUAGCCACACGAGCAUAUACAAUGGAUAUUGAUCACAUACUCAUAUGAGGCGGACUACGCUGGUGGUCCUCAAGUGUAACUUCAUAAACUGUAAAUGCAAAAAGAAACAGAGAAAAAGAAUGUGACUGCAAUGAAGGAUCUGCAUGUUUAUUAAUUUCAUGACAAUAUUAAGUUUCUCCACA